AUGUUAUAUCCCAGUUAUUCCACAAGUUCAAAGAAUGUAGGCCAAGUAUACCUACAUUUCACUAAUAUCUUGGGGAGACCUAGAAUACUGAAAGCGGAUAACGCACAAACAUUUGAUUCUAAAUGUUUCAAAGAAAACAUCAUCUUAAAUGAGGAAUUAAAACUCGGAGCACCAUAUUAUUCAAAAUCGCAAUCUUUAGUUGAAAGACUUUUCGGGACAGUCAACCGAAUCCUUAUGAAAAUAGACGAAGAUAAAGAAAAUGAACCAAUGUAUUAUACAAAGUCAUGUGAAAACAUAAUGGCAGUAUUGAAUUCCAGUGUUCAUUAUGAAAAAGGUGAACAAUGGAUACCUAGACAAAGAUUUUACUACUACCCAAAGACAAUCAGGUGA